UGCAGCGAUCCGUGGGUGGGAAAAUCAAAUCCCCUCUUUCGCAGUCGGUUAUCUCCUUCUUAAUGUGGUCCGCGCCAAUAUCAACCUCCAAAUCUACCAUUUCUCUGCCUCUCUCUAAACCUCUGAGAAACUGUGAGAGAGAGAGAGAGAGAAUUCCUAAUUCGACCUCAAUUGAAUCUCAUAUUUACCUCAACGGCAUCACCACCAUCUCCUACGCCACCGUUUGCUUAGGGUUUGUGUGUGGAGCUCAGAUAAUGCCGGUGCAUCUCACACCGAACGCGAUCUCGACCAUCACCGCCGGAGAUGUGAACUCGAAGCCGCUCGUGCAGGUCCUCGAUAUCAAGCUCAUCGGGAACUCGCAGGAAAGGUACCGGUUCUUGCUCUCCGACGCCGUCUCAACUCAGCACGCGAUGCUCGCUACUCAGCUCAACGACCGAGUCAAGACCGGCCGUGUCAAGAAAGGCUCCGUCAUUCAGCUCAUCGAGUACAUCUGCAGCCCUGUCCAAAACCGCAAGAUUAUUGUAGUGCUAAGCAUGGAAACUAUUAUGCUGGACUGUGAUAUAAUUGGGAAUCCAAAGAUGUUUGUUGAGUCUGAUUCAACAGCUCAGAGGACUGUACCUAAUGGUAGUUUACAACAGUCAGCCAGAGUAAACAAUAAUCAUUUGAGAGCUCAAAAUACUGUCUCCGAUCAGCAGAAUUUCCCAGCUACUGUUCAACCUCCUUACCAACCACCUCCUAAUUACCGAAGUCGUGGCCCUAUCUUGAAGAACGAGGCACCGGCAAGGAUUAUUCCUAUAGCUGCACUGAAUCCUUAUCAGGGCAGGUGGGCUAUCAAGGCAAGAGUAACUGCGAAAGGGGAUCUCCGUCGGUAUAAUAAUGCUCGAGGAGAUGGCAAGGUCUUCUCCUUUGACCUCCUUGACUCUGAUGGAGGAGAAAUAAGGGUAACCUGUUUCAAUGCUGUUGUUGACCGUUUUUAUGAUGUUAUUGAGGUUGGUAAAGUUUACAUGAUUUCAAAGGGAAGUUUAAAACCUGCUCAGAAGAACUUCAACCAUCUGAAGAAUGAAUGGGAGAUAUUUCUAGAGGCAACUUCAACCGUUGAUCUUUGCCCUGAUGAAGAUGGUUCUAUACCUAGACAGCAGUUUUCCUUUAGACCUAUCAGCGAAAUUGAAAAUGCUGAUAAUAAUUCAAUUCUCGAUGUUAUUGGUAUUGUGAUAUCUGUGAACCCUUCAGUUCCUAUCUUGAGAAAGAAUGGAAUGGAAACUCAGAGAAGAAUUCUGAGUCUGAAGGAUUGGUCUGGUAAGAGUGUUGAGUUAACCCUUUGGGGGGAUUUCUGCAACAGGGAAGGUCAGAGGCUGCAAGAGAUGUUUGAUGGUGGAUUUUGUCCCGUUUUAGCUGUCAAAGCUGGGAAGAUUAAUGACUUCAGUGGGAAAUCAAUAGGUACAAUUUCGGCAACACAACUGUUUAUAAAUCCAGAUUUUCCUGAGGCUCUUAGCUUGAGGGAAUGGUUUGAUUCUGGGGGCAAGAAUACUGCUUCGUUCUCCAUUUCCAGAGAUGUAAUUCCCGGAGGACAAAAGAAUGAGAUACGCAAAACAGUUUCUCAAAUCAAAGAUGAAGGUCUUGGAAGAUCAGACAAGCCAGACUGGGUCACUGUAAAGGCAACUAUAACCUUCAUCAAAACAGAUACUUUCUGUUACACAGCUUGCCCAUUGACGAUUGGAGAUAGGCAGUGUAAUAAAAAGGUGACAAGGUCACCAAAUAGAAGAUGGCAAUGUGACAGAUGCAAUCAAGAAUUUGUGGAGUGUGAUUACAGAUAUCUUCUUCAAGCCCAAAUUCAAGACCAUACAGGAUUGACUUGGGUGACAGCUUUUCAGGAAACCGGGGAAGAGAUUUUGGGUUGCUCAGCAAAGGAAUUGUAUAUGUUGAAGUAUGAAGAGCAGGAUGAUGCCAGAUUUGGAGACAUAAUUCGAACUAGGAUUUUCAAUCAAUUUCUUUUCAGGCUCAAAAUAAAAGAGGAGAUGUAUGGCGAUGAGCAGAGGGUAAAAGUCACUGUGGUUAAGGCUGAUAAGGUGAAUUAUUCUUCAGAAAGCAGAUAUACUCUUGAUUUGAUUUCAAAGUUCUUUAGGUAAACAAAUAAUGCCAAAACAAAAUAAAUGGUUAAUAUGCAGUAGCUUGAUUCAGAGAUGACUGAACUUCAAGCAGACAAGCUAACACUGACUUUCUUAGGAGCCAUUCUCAAAAAGACUAUAUUUGUAUUUUGCCUUGUAAACCUAGGUUUAGUUGCCACUUGCCGUUGUUUCUACACAUUGCCAAAUUGAGUUCAGAGGAAUUGUUUUCCCAGGGCUUCGAUUUUUCUGGUGAUUGUACCUGUUCUGUCUUUGUAUUAUUCUUUGAAAUCGUGAACCCUUUAACUCCUUACACUUCAUAUAGCAGAAUUAUUCAGAGUUGCAAAUUUCACAAUGCGGAAUUUACUACUUAAUUUCUUCCA